AGAGAUAGGAUCAAGUUCAAUACGAGCGCAGACAUCGCGAAUCUAAAACGCUUCGCUUCGUAGAACUUGAAGGAUAGUCUCGGUAUAUGACUCUUUUUCAUAUGGACUUUCACUCGUAUACAAACUUCAAGUUGAAGCUUCGAAGUCCUGAAACUGCAGAAAAAUCCCAAAGUAUUCUUCAAAGUAACGCGUCAGGGCCAUAUAGCGAGAUUCUGUACUUGGUCCAAGUUAUACUUGAAAGUACUUAUCCUUGUACUUGUUAAGAUUUGACCAGAACCGCGCUUUUGUAUCACGAUAUUUGCCAACUUUGCAAAGACUACGAGAGUUUCAAAGGUUUCGGGGCCAUAUAGUGAGAUUCUACUCUACUUCGAAGUUGAGUUUCAAGUAUUUAUCUUUGUACUUGGGAAAGAUUUGAUUAUAUCAACAAGUACAGUGUUUUGAUGUGACUAGAUAUUCGCCAUCUUUCCAAAGUUCUACGUUCUGAAGGUUUCGGUGCCAUAUACUGAGAUUCUACUGUACUUGGUCGAAGUUGGAUUCAAAGUACUUGUACUCGCAAAAGAUUUGCCUACAUCAACUGCAUUUUUAUAUCACGAUGUUCGUAACUUUUCAAAAUCCUAACACAAGAGUUCUAAAGGUUUCAGGGCCAUAUUGUGAGAUUCUACCGUACUUGGUCCAAGUUUGAUUACACUUGGAAGCACUUAUCCUUGUACUUGCAAAAGAUGUGACCACAUCAACCUCGUUUUUAUGUUACGAUAUUCGUAACUUUUCAAAAUCCUAACACAAGAGUUCUAAAGGUUUCAGAGCCAUAUACUGAGAUUCUACUGUACUUAGCCCAAGUUGAAUUGUACUUAGAAGUACUUAUCCUUGUACUUGCAAAAGAUGUGACCACAUCAACCUCGUUUUUAUAUGACGAUAUUCGUAACUUUUCAAAAUCCUAACACAAGAGUUCUAAAGGUUUCAGGGCCAUAUACUGAAAUUCUAUUGUACUUAGCCCAAGUUGAAUUGUACUUAUCCUUAUACUUGCAAAAGAUGUGACCACAUCAACCUCGUUUUUAUACCACGAUAUUCGUAACUUUUCAAAAUCCUAACACAAGAGUUCUAAAGGUUUCAGGGCCAUAUACUGAGAUUCUACUGUACUUAGCCCAAGUUGAAUUGUACUUAGAAGUACUUAUCCUUGUACUUGCAAAAGAUGUGACCACAUCAACCUCGUUUUUAUACCACGAUAUUCGUAACUUUUCAAAAUCCUAACACAAGAGUUCCAAAGGUUUCAGAGCCAUAUACUGAGAUUCUACUGUACUUGAUUCAAUUUGAACUGUACUUAUCCUUAACCUUACAGAAGAUUUAACUACAUAACCCUUGUUUUUAUAUCACAAUAGUUCGCAACUUUCCAAGAUCCUAACGAGAGAUCAGGGCCAUAUAUCGAGACUUCACUGUACUUAGCUCUAAUUUGAUUACGCUGGAACCUUUUUAAAGUACUUGCAAGAGAUUUGAGGACAUCAGCGUGUUGAUAUGACAAGAUUGGUGGCAAUAUACUUGGAUCCCAUCGCUAUCCACAGGCACUCGGUAACCGCGGUUGGUUAGAAGUGCAAGGGCAACGUCAGUGGUUGUCUAACCGCGUAACAGACGUCGGUUGUGCAACGUUGGUUCGCGAACGGUCCGCGAGCCAAUGCGUCUAUUCUUAUCCCUGAUACUACAACGCGUUCUUUUAUCGGCGGAUCUCGAACCACGCCAUCCGUACUACGCGCCGUUUCUUUUCUCGCUGGCCUCGGCCAUUCUCGCGAUUUCGAUUCGUCGAACGACUUUGUUUACUCGGACGGUAGGAAGCUGACGGGAGUAACUGCGAGAUGGAGGAAACGAAGGUGGAGGAGGAUGAGUAUCGCGUGCUGCUUCUUACCCCUCCGAUCAGAGACCGACACUCUGUUUCUCUCUUUGUUUUGCGAUCUUCAUAUUGGCGACACUGUGGCUGGCUCGGCGCUGAAGAGCAAAAAGAAGGUCAGGAUGCUGAGCAGCUUGGCGAACUACUUACUCGGAGGUAAUAUCUCCGGCGCACAAGAUUCACGGGAAGGAUCCAAUAACGAAACCCCGGAGUCCCUUCCAGUAAUGGCGAGGCUCAGUCAGGUGGAGGUCGAGGGUGAUGACUGGAUCCUCAUUGACCGUACUGUUGAGGGCACGACGGCGCUGGAGGAGUCGUGGUAUGUAACGCCACCCGCGUGCUUCACACGGGCAGGACCCGUGAACGUAGAAACGUCACCGCUAGAGGACCUGCUGAUAGAGCACCCCAGUAUGUCUGUUUACCGAGCCACAGCGUCUCCGGUCGCCCCCGACACUCCACCACCCACGCCGGAUGCGCCGGAAGAGCGGGACGUCGAGGAAGAUGUUGCACCCGCUGUCGUUUCCGGUACACCAGCCGCGGCAGCCUCUUUGGAACGCCACAGUCCGAGAAGAAGCGAGAACGAGCAAGCGACUCGUAGACCGGCCAUCCACGACGGAAGACCCGUCAACGGUCGUGUUCAUACCGAGGAGAGGAUAGGUCAGCUUCGAUCGGCGCAGAAGAUCCUCGAGAAGAGAUCUACCCAAGCGUUGAAGAGAGGCCGCCUGGAAAGGAGUAACAAGCUGAGAGAAGUGUUCAGUGUAAAAGGCAAGCGGCCCCGUCGCCAAGACCGCUUGCGGAUCCAGAACAGUGGCGCGAACAACAACCGGAAAUGCUAGUCAUUCGAUCUCAGGCCAAGGUGUACUAAAAUACCUUAUUCCUAACACAUAAGUAAAAGAAAAAAACGAAAAGAAAAAAAAAUGACGACGUAACACGCGUACAAGAGUCACACACAAAACGCAAGGCAAGGAACUGGCGCAAAAGAAGAAAAAAAAAUGUGAAGAAGUUCCAGUUUUAACCUCCGUACCGCUCGUCGUCACCCGCGUCGAACGCACCAGGUGCACACGAACAUGUAUUAAUAUAAACUGCGAGGAACACAGUCGAAGUAGGGACUGUUUAGCCGUCGACGCUGGGUGUCCUCUCAUCGCCCGAACAGACGCAUCAAGUUUUAUUAGUUAAUCCGCUGCCGGUGCGUACAGAGCCUGCUGGGAUCACGAGUUUCCCUCGAAGAAAGGACUAUUUGUACCAAAGUGCAGACGGCACCCGUGUAUAGUCCCCGCCGGAAUACGGUACUGUCGAGGUGUCCAGGUCCGCUUCACGAUUCGAAGGAAACCACAGCCGGUUCACUCGCGAUGAGAGACUCGACCGGGUCGGACGUGUACGGGCACACCUUUCCAGUUUCAAUCGCGUGUAUACUCAGUCUUAGCCUCUAGUAUAGGGCAAACGUGUUUCUACUCGUGUAUACGUUAACGUUAGUUUUAUUUAAGACGAUUAUAACAGCCUACCCCUCGUAGCGGCAGGACGAUUUAGCGUAAUCGCCGAUCCCUGAUUUUCUGUCCAUCCACGUCCCCACUUUCGCUUAUGUUUCAUCGAGAAAAUUCACUUCGGGACCACACGUUUUCGGUUCGUCUCACGAUUAAAUUCGCACUGGAAUUUCGCGACCGCAAACAGGACGCAGAGUGAGUGUGUUCAAACCAGACGGAGACGCGUCCGAAUGACGUAGAUGGGCAUCGAGGUUUCACAAAUUUUUCUAUUUCUGAAUUACAAAUAUUCGAAACAACUUUUGGAAAUUCUGAAAAUCCCAUGUUUGGGGUCCCUCGAUCCGCCCAUCUCGGAUGUAAUAACGAAGUGUCCGAAUAAAUAUAUUUAUUUAGUGGCACGUAAUGUCGAUUAAUAUUAUGCGUAACGUUAGGUAGGCUAUGAUAAAACGCGAUCGUCGCGACACAGCCCCAUGCGGCGAACCGUGGGACUAUGCCGCACAGCUUUGCGUAGACGAAAAUGACACUCUAGCAUGUUAACCCGGAUUUCUAGAAAAAAAGCGAACGGAGCAACAGGGCCGUGUCCUCUCUUUGCUACCCGUCUGUGAAUAACCGUGGGCUAUUAACCGCUUUGAUUGUCAUUUGAGAAUAGACGUUUUUGGAAGUUUUGAAGACCUUGUCACUGUUUGAAUGAGUACGAAGCGAGUGGUGUAUAUUAUUACGAAUAACUUGAUUUUGUUGUUGCAAUAAGUAAUAGGACAAAAUAUACUUAUUUCUUUUAAACGAUUCUCUAUUUCCUUUACUUCUGAGAUCUCCAUUUUUCUAUCACCCGUUUACAAAAUGGUGCGCGCGUAUGCUUAAAUUAUUGUUGAACGAAUGAUACAUUUUAACGCUGUUAGAAAAGAUACUGUGAUACUUCGUUUUUGAGAUGUUCAAAACUUCCAACGGAUUUUAAAGAAAAUUUGCAAAAUUCAGGGAGAGACACGGCUAGAGAGAUUCCAACGAUGAGAAUCGGUUUCUAUAAUACCCGAUGCGCGUUAUAGUGCAUCAGCUUCAAAGUAUCGAGAUUGAAAAGGAGAAGAAAAAUGGCGCAGACAUGGCGUCUGCCCGCUCGGUCGAUAAAUCAGAUUUCCGCCGGAAAUCGAUGAUCCUUGGAAAUUUCAACGUCCACGCGAUCCUCUGGUGAUUUCUUCUGUGAAGAAGAGCGUUCACGCGAUUAAACGACAUUUCUUCUGACAUUCCUGCUCUUCGUCACGAUUAAUACUUUCGGUCAUCGGCGACACAAGUCUCAUUUUCAUCGGGUCGACACGUUUGCUACCACGGAUGUUAAAUUGGUAGCGAAGGUGUUGCCUAACCAAACCUGAGCUUCAUUCUGUAGAAGCUUAUCACCCUAGAUUGAUAACGAUAGACUGUGAUCGAAUUCAACGCUAUGGAGUCGUCCACUUUAUGGACGCCAUUUUACUCCCAUAACAUUGAUUCACCCUGGAUGGAGCGAUCAUCCUAGAGCGACUCUGUGAUUGAAAUCUGCAAAGUUGGAUCCUUCGAUUUACCAUUUCACAUUGGUUCCGACCUAACCUCUCUUAUUCGGCUGAAGCUAGAACUUCAAGUUUUCCAAAGUCUCGAGGUUCCAAAAUUCCAAGGUCCCUUUUCUACGUCCUAACAUUUCAAAUACCUUCGAAAUUUCAAGUUC